AUGGCUUUGAUUCAAGAAGAGUAUAUAUCCAAGGUCAUAAAUACAAUAGAUGGUAUUAAUUUUAUAACUCAACCAGCAAAAUCUGUCUCAUCACCUUUUUCAAAAUUAGUUUCAAAUUCAAAUAUUUUAAUAAAUACAAAUGAUCCAUAUUUAAUUAUUGAAAAUUAUUUAUUAGAUAGAACUAAUCAACAUAAAGAAUUAGAGCAAGAAGGUCAAGAUAAAGAAUUGGAGUUUGUUAGUAUAACUACUGAUGGUAAUACAUUAUUAAAAAAUUUACCAUUCUUAUCUGCAUCAUCUUUUAAAAAUAACAAAACUGUUAGUCAUGUCAGAAUCAAUAAUUUAGAUUAUCAUGUAGUCACAAGUUUAAAAGAUUUAAAAUAUCCUAUAUUAAUUUCACAAAAUUCAAAUGAUACUUAUAAAUUAUCAAAUUUAGCUUAUAAUUUAGCUGAGAAAUUAAAUAUUUCAGUUUUCCAUUUUUUUCCAGCAGAAUCGGGCUAUCAAUCAAAAGAAAAUAUUAAACAAUCAGAAGGAGUAUUAUUGAAAAAUUUAAAUGAUUAUUCAUUUGACAAGAUUGUAAGUAGUUUCGAAGUUCAACCUUUCGAAAUUUUAAAUAAACCUUCAAAACUGAAAAAUGCAUUACUUUAUUUAGGUCAAGUUAAUGACGAGUUAAUUCAAGCUGCAAAUAAAGAAGAUUUAUUGGUGAUAAAUAUAAAAGUCUAUCAACCAUUUUUAUUAAAUUCUUUACUUAAAUCCAUACCUGCAACUAUUGAGACAUUAACCAUAGCUGAACAAUCUACUGUUAAAUCUGCAUCAUUUUCACCUUUAUUACUUGAUUUUUUUGCAGAAUAUUCACAAUAUCAAACUUUGAAAAAUUUCACUAAAAUUGUGUCUGCAACUUUUGGACCAGUUGUUAAUUACACUAAAGCCAUUUCAAGUUUAAUUUCAAAUGUUGAAUCCGAAAAACCAGUACAGAAUUUAUAUUUUGGUGACUUACAAUCUGAUUAUGAAUCCAAAGCAUAUAAAAUUGAACAAACUGGAUAUACAACUGCUGCUUCUGAAGCUCACACUUUAGAACAAGCUUAUUUGAAAGUUUUAAAUCAAGUCAAUGAUAUUAACUUGAACAUUUUAAACGAGUUCCAAGCUGAUAAUAUCGGAUUAGAAACAAACCCUGAAUAUGGUUUUGGUUCAUUCUUAUAUGAGCAAGAACAACAAGAAAAUUUAACUAAAUUAGUCCAAUAUGCUUUAAAAGAAAAUAAUUUUCAUACAAACGAUAAUGAAAAAUUGAUAGAUUUAUUAACACAAUGGUUAUUACAAUUACAACAGAAAGGUCAGGUUGAACAAAGAAUUGCUCAAGAAAUUACUGAUUUAUUAAACACUGAUCAAAAAUCAACAAUUGCUAAAGAGCUUUUAGCAUUAUCCAAAUACUUCACAACUUUAAAAAAUUGGCUUAUUGGUUCGGAUGCUUGGUCAUAUGAUUUAGGUUCGUCAGGUGUUCAUAGUGUUAUUACUUCAGGUAAAAAUAUCAAUAUGUUAAUAAUAGAUUCUGAACCAUACAAUGAUAAAAAGAAUGAAAAAACAGUUAACGGAUUCAGAAAGAAAGACGUUGGGUUAUAUGCUAUGAAUCAUGGUGAUGUUUAUGUUGCCUCAGUUGCCGUAUAUUCUUCUUAUACUCAAGUUUUACAAGCUUUCAUUGAAGCAGAUAAAUUCAAUGGUCCUUCUAUCAUAUUAGCAUACUUACCAUACCAUAAAGAAUCAGACAACACAUUAGAAGUGUUACAAGAGACUAAAAAAGCAGUAGAUACUGGUUAUUGGCCGUUAUACAGAUAUGAUCCAUAUGCUGAAAAAGAGACUGAUAUCUUUAAAUUAGAUUCUUCAAAUUUAAGAAAGCAAUUAAGAGACUUUUUAGAUAACGAAAAUAGAUUAACAAUGCUUGCAGCAAGAGAUCCAUUAUUAUCUAGAAAUUUAACUGCCAACGCUAAUACUGAAGUCAAAAUCAAACAAGCUGAAAUUGCUAAUGAAUCAUAUGCUGCUUUAUUACAAGGUUUAUCAGGUCCUCCAUUAACUAUUGCUUUUGCUUCUGACGGUGGUAAUGCCGAAGCUAUUGCUAAAAAAAUUAAUAGACAAGCACUUGGAAGAGGUCUUAAAUCAGUUAUCUUACAAAUGGAUGAUAUUUCAAUGGAAGAUUUACCAAAUGAAACAAAUAUCGUAUUUGUUACUUCAACUGCAGGUCAAGGUGAGUUUCCAAAUAAUGGUAAACAAUUUUGGGAUGGUAUUAAAAAUUCAAAUGAUAUAGAUUUAUCAGGUAUAAAAUUCUCAGUAUUUGGAUUAGGUGAUUCCCAAUAUUGGCCAAGAAAAGAAGAUAAACAUUAUUAUAAUAAACCAAGUAAAGAUUUAUUUGGUAAAUUAAAAUUAUAUGGAGGUGUUGAAUUAGCAGAAAUUGGUUUAGGAGAUGAUCAAGAUGCUGAUGGAUAUUCAACUGGUUUUAAUGAAUGGAUAGUUAAAAUAUGGUCAGCAUUAGGUGUUGAUAAUGUUGAAGGAGUUGAAGAACCAAAACCAAUUACAAAUGAAGAUAUGAAAAUUGGAUCAGAUUAUCUUAGAGGUACCAUUGCUGAGGGUUUACAAGAUCAAUCUACUGGUUCAAUUUGUGCUGUUGAUCAACAGCUAACAAAAUUCCAUGGUAUUUAUAUGCAAGAUGAUCGUGAUGUUCGAGAAGAACGUAAAGCUCAAGGUCUUGAACCGGCUUAUGCUUUUAUGGUAAGAGUUAGAUUGCCAGGUGGUAUUGCUACUCCAAAACAAUAUUUGAAAAUGGAUGAAUUAGCUGAUGAAAGAGGUAACGGUACUUUAAAAUUAACUACUAGAGCUACUUUCCAAUUACAUGGUGUUGUUAAACAUGAUUUAAAACCAGCAAUUAGAGGUAUGAAUUCUGCAUUAAUGGAUACUUUAGCUGCUUGUGGUGAUGUUAAUAGAAAUGUCAUGGUUUCUGCAUUACCAGAAAACGCUAAAAUACAUGGUCAAGUUUCAGCUAUUGGUACUUUAAUUUCAAAUUAUUUAUUACCAAAUACAACUGCUUAUCAUGAAAUUUGGUUAGAAGGUGAAUUACCAUCAGAUAAACCAGGUGAUAAAGAAGCUUGGGAAAACCGUAAAGAUGGUCCAACUAAAAAGAAAACUUUAAUUGCAGGUAACGUUUUAGCUGAUGUUGAACCUCAAUAUGGUGUUACUUACUUACCAAGAAAAUUCAAAAUUGUUAUAACUGUUCCACCAUAUAAUGACGUCGAUGUAUAUGCUCAUGAUAUUGGUUUAAUUGCAAUUCUCGAAGAUAAUGAUGUUAUCGGUUUCAAUGUUUUAGCAGGGGGUGGUAUGGGUUCUACUCAUAACAACAAGAAAACAUACCCAAGAACUGGUUCAAUGUUUGGAUUUAUACCAAAAGAUCAAAUUCAUAUUGCAUGUGAAAAAAUUAUGUUAGUACAAAGAGAUUUUGGUGACAGAACUAAUAGAAAACAUGCAAGAUUAAAAUAUACUAUCGAUGAUUUAGGAAUCGAAGUUUUCAAAUCAAAAGUUGAAGACUUAUUAGGUUAUAAAUUUGGUGAACCAAAACCGUUCAAAAUAGAUAAUAAUGUUGAUCAUUUUGGUUGGUGUAAAGAUGAAUUAGGUUUCAAUCAUUUUACUGCUUUUAUUGAAAAUGGUAGAAUUGAAGAUACUCCAGAGUUACCACAAAAGACUGGAUUGCGUGAAAUUGCUAAUUAUUUGCAAACAAACAAUAAAUCAGGUGAAUUUAGAUUGACUGGUAAUCAACAUAUUGUUUUAUCAAAUAUAAAAGAUGAAGAUUUAUCAAUUAUAAAACAAUAUUUGGCAAAAUAUAAAUUAGACAAUACUGAAUUUUCUGCCUUAAGAUUAUCAUCAGCUGCUUGUGUUGCUUUCCCAACUUGUGGUUUAGCAAUGGCUGAAUCUGAACGUUAUUUACCAAAAUUAAUUACAAAGUUAGAAGAUGCAUUAGAAGGUUAUGGAUUAAGACACGAUUCAGUAGUUAUGAGAAUGACUGGUUGUCCAAAUGGUUGUGCAAGACCUUGGGUUGCCGAAGUUGCAUUAGUUGGUAAAGCGUUGGGGGCAUAUAAUUUAAUGUUGGGUGGUGGCCAUCAUGGUCAAAGAUUGAACAAAAUUUAUAGAUAUUCUAUCAAAGAAGAUGAAAUAUUGGAAAUUUUAACGAAUUUGUUUGAGAGAUGGAGUAAAGAAAGAGAUGAUGGUGAACCAUUUGGUGAUUGGGUUAUUAGAGCAGGAAUUAUUAAAGAAACUACAGAAGGUAAAUAUUUCCAUGAAGAUAUUCCUGAGGACGCUUAG